CAUUGCUUACUGGAGUGGAGGGGACAUGGGCACCCGGGCGAUGCCAUUGUUGGAGGGGGCGCCGGGUGCUGCCUAGGCGGAGGAGGUCACCGGGGGAGGUAGACGGACCUUCGGCUCCCGGGGUUGCGGGGGCGCCCGCAGGGGUGACAUGGCCCCCAACCACCUGUCCGUGAGGCAAAUGCGGGAGGAGGAGAAAGCCCUCAUCGUGGAGCUGCUGAAGGAUGGGGUGAAGGACACAGAGAACCGCGUGGCCCUCCAUGCCCUGACUCGGCCCCCUGCCCUCCUGCUCCUGGCUGCUGCCAGCAGUGGCCUCCGCUUUGUCCUGGCCUCCUUCGCCCUGGCCCUGCUUUUGCCCGUUGCCCUGGCUGUGGCUGCCCUCAAGCUGAUGGUGCGGAUGCGAUGGGGUUCGCUCCCCUCAGACUCUGGCCUAGGAGGCCCCUGGGUGGCUGUGUGGGGAACUGAUGAUGUGUGUGGGGUCCUGGCCCUGAGGCCCGGCCCCAGCAGAGGCAGCCUGUCUGUAGCUCGCCUGGCCGUGGCCCGCUGGCACCGUCGACGUGGCGUGGGCACGAAGCUGCUGGCCUUCGCUGAGGCCCAAGCCCGGGCAUGGGCCCGCCAGGCCGGGGGCCCUCGAGCCAAGCUCAUAGUCCCUGCUCCAGUGGGAGCCCGAGGGGCCACUGCCCUCCUGGAGGGAAGAGGCUACCAUCCCGAGGGAGGCUGGGGUUGGAUGGGUCACACCUUUGUGAGGGAGUUCAUGAAAGAAUUCUGACGCCUGCUGUGUCCCUUCCACACCCUGGCCUUGGUGCAGCGGGCACGGAGGACAGGCUGCCAUUCAGGACACCUGCCCGCUCUCAAGCCUCAGCUCUGGCUCUAGCCCAGUCCGUGACCCUGGGCCUGGCUCUUCUUCCCUCUGGGUCUCACCUCUAGGGAAUGGGGGAAAGGACACUUGAACUGCCCACCUCACAGGAUUAAACAUGGGGAAUCCCCGUUGGCCCACCCUCAAGCUGCUCCUUUUUUAUACCAGUGACUCUCAGAUGAUCCCCCCCUGCCCUCUGUGGGGGUCCUCAGGCAAUCUGCCCCCACCCUCCCUUCCCCCUGCACCUCCAGCAGCCCUUGGGGGCCUCUGCCCUCUGGCCCCCCGAGUCAGCCUCUUCACCUUCCCUGCACCCCUUCAGAUGGUUCUGUGCCCUGCCAAGAUCUCCCAAGGUUCUCGUCCCCUUUGCUCCCAGAAGUCCCUUCCCGGGUGGCCCCUCAGACAUCCUUCCCUCAGACUCAGUGAAGGCCCCUGCGGACCUGGAAUCUCCUGCCCCUCCCCCUCAGCUGACCUUCAGCUGACCAUUGGGCCCCUCUGAGCAAGGGGAGCAAGCCUCAGAGCUCCCUCGCCCCCCCACCCCGCGUCCUUGACCAAGGGCCCUCGAUGAUCUUCCACCUUUCUGGGGACCCUCCAGUGGGGUUGGACUCCCUUCUCCUUGGAGGCCUGGACAACUCCCCUCUGCUUUGAUGACACACACAGUGACUUCUCCCUCUCCUGCUGCCCCUGGGGCUCCCCCACACCUUGAGAUGACCCUCCCUCUCUGCCUUGGGUCCUUCUCUUCCCUCCCAUCCCUCCUUUCCCCUCACAUCUGUUUUUAUACCCACUGUUAAUAAACUCUGAAACUCC